AUGGUAGUGCAGAUAUCCAAUGGAGGACAAGGAGAUAAAGAUAGGAUUUACAACUAUAGCUGGAUUAAAGAAGGGAGAAAGAGGAUGAAUCCAGAGAAUUUAACCUCCAUGAGUUUGCUUUCAGUAAUCCAUAGCAACACCAGCAAUCUGUUCUUGGGGCUCCAACUCGUCCAGUUCUUCAAGCCUCUCAUCAUCCCUUGCUACUGCUUAGUGGUUUUUGUCGGCAUCAUUGGGAAUUACCUCCUCAUCUAUGUGAUCUGCAAGACCAAAAAGAUGCAUAAUGUCACGAACUUCCUGGUAGGCAACCUGGCAUUCUCCGACAUGCUUAUGUGUGCCACCUGUGUGCCUCUGACACUGGCAUAUGCCUUUGAGCCUCGAGGGUGGGUCUACGGACGCUUCAUGUGCUACUUUGUGUUCCUGAUGCAGCCAGUCACAGUGUUUGUGUCUGUCUUUACCUUGACUGUCAUUGCUGUGGACAGAUACUAUGCCAUGGUUUAUCCACUCCGGAGACGGCUCACAAUACAGAUCUGUGCCUAUACACUGGCUGCUAUUUGGUUGUUGAGUUGCAUGUUAGCUGCCCCAGCUUUGGUCCACACGUACCACACUGAAUUCCCAGAACUGGACUUUUCUAUCUGUGAAGAGUUUUGGUUCCAUAUGAAGAGAGACCACUUAGCUUAUGCCUAUAGCACCCUCAUUCUCACCUAUGUACUGCCCUUAAUGGUCAUCUCAGUUUCCUACCUGAGGAUCUCAGUCAAGCUGAAAAACCGAGUCGUCCCUGGAAACAUCACCCAGAGCCAAGCAGAGUGUGACAGAGCCAGAAGGAGGAAGACCUUCCGCCUCCUGGUCUUGGUAGUGGUGGCCUUCGGAGUCUGUUGGCUGCCUUUGUACAUUUUUAAUGUGAUAAAGGAUAUUGAUAUUAAACUGAUAGACAAACAAUAUUUUAACCUCAUCCAGCUCCUUUGUCACUGGUUUGCUAUGAUGUCUGCUUGCACCAAUGCCUUCCUUUAUGCCUGGCUGCAUGACAGCUUCAGGGGGGAGCUAAAGAAAAUGUUCACUUGGAGGAGGAAAAAGACAGGGCCUGCUCCCAAUUGUAUCGUGGCCAGUGUGGUGCUGUAA